UCUCUCUUCUUCUCUUCCUUGGAGGUCAAGGAGGUGGCAGAAUUAAACCUCAAUUAGGGUUUUACACGUUGGAAACAACCCACUCUAAUCUAUAUCUCUUUCUGCUCAUAUCCAAUCGUAUUCCUGAUCGAAUUCGAAAACCCUACUAAGGUUUUCAGAGUCCACAAGAAUAUUAACACUUCCAUACCUUUGAUUGAUUUUGGGAUGGAAAAGGAUUCGGUGGGUUCUACUACAAAAUCCAUGCCGGUACAUUCUGCUGCAGAUAUAAUGCUUUCCCUUGAAGGUGAGAUUGACCCUGAAGCAGUGAAGUUGUGGUACUAUCAAGGUUUGGAUAAGAGUUACCGGGGUGACCCAAGAAAAUCAGAGAUUAAGGAGAAAGCAAAGAAGCAUCUUUUGGCUGCAGGGUGGUUUUUUUGGUACGCCGAGAAGGGGAACGGCAGAGAAUUGCGGUAUACUUCACCGACGGGGACUGUGUACUAUUCGCUUCGAAAAGCGUGCAAAGGCUGUAUGGAAAUUGAAGGAGGAGGCGCCGUCGAUGGAACCUCUGAGUCUGGUAGCUUGAUCACGAGUCUUGAAAGUGAAAAUCUGUUCGAGAAUGAGGCUCUGAAGACACCGCCGGCGAGAAAGAGGAAGACUCUGAUGACAGCGGAGGAAUGUGGCGGAGUUUCAACGCCGGUCCCAACCCCCAAAAGAGGCAGAGGAAGGCCGAGGAAACAGCGGGAUGAGUCUUUGUGUGAACCAAAAUCAACCCAAAAGAAUGGGUCGGCAUCGGAAGUUGCAUUCUCCGGAGGAGAGCCGGUUAGAGUCCAAAACCCAAGAAGUGGAAAACCCCGAGGAAGGCCGAAGAAACCCAAGGUUGAUUUGAAAUCUGACAGUUUGAGCGAACCGCAUUGGAACCAAAAGGGUGGCACCGACCCGGAAUAUCUUCCUGCCGGAGUAUCACCGUCUCCGUCGAAGCCCAGAAGAGGAAAGACUCCCAAAAAGGUCAAGAAAUCAAGAGACAAUGAAAAACCAGGUAAACCAAUUAGUCACCGUGUGAAGCAAUUUAGUUUUACCGUGCGACAGGGGUUGCCUCCCACCGCCCAUCAUCGGAAUCCUCGAACCAUUCUCUCAUGGCUGAUCGACAACGGUGUAGUUCGGGUUUUGGAAAAGGUACAGUACCAAGGAAAGUCAAAGAAAGGCCGGAUAACUCGUGAAGGAAUCCAGUGUGACUGUUGCUUCAGGGUAUUUACUCUCACCCAAUUUGAGGCUCACGCCGGUAGCACCAAUCAUCGUCCGGCAGCGAACUUAAUCUUGGAAGACGGUCGGUCUAUUGCCGAUUGUCAAAAGCAGGUGAAAAAUCGGAUACUCACAAGCUCAACAUUACAGACCCAUGAUGCUGCAAAGGAGAUACCCCUUGAACAGAAUGAUUCAGUGUGCUCUGUUUGCCGUUACGGGGGAGAACUGCUUUGCUGUGAUCAAUGUCCCUCUGCAUUCCACAAGGAUUGUCUGGGUUUGGAGGAGAUCCCGGCCGGAUGCUGGUUCUGCCCAUCUUGCUGCUGUAAAAUCUGCGGCCAGAACGGAUGCCAUGAAGGAGCUGAACGUCUAGAGGGAGAUAGUUUUGUCAGAUGUGAUCAAUGUGAACUCAAAUUCCACAUUGACUGCGUCAGGAAUUAUCAGCCUGGAGGAGAUAAAUGGUUCUGCAGUAGCAACUGUGAGUAUAUAUUAUCCGGCCUCCAGAAGCUCAUUGGAAAACCAAUUCAAUUGGGGGAGGACAAUGUCACCUGGACGUUAGUGAAAUCCAUGGAGAAUUCUGAUAGCCAGGAUGCUGAGGCUAAGGCAGAGAAUCACAGCAAGCUAAGCAUUGCUCUUGAUGUUAUGCAUGAGUGUUUUGAGCCGUCUAAGGAUGCUUUCACCGGGAGAGACCUUGUUGAAGAUGUGAUUUUCAGCAGGGAAUCAGGGCUGAAACGAUUGAAUUUCAGGGGAUUCUAUACUGUCCUUUUGGAGAACAAUGAUGAACUGGUUUGUGCGGCCACUCUGAGGGUUUUUGGGGAGAAAGUAGCAGAGAUGCCGCUUGUGGGAACCAGGUUUAAGUUCCGGCGACUUGGGAUGUGCCGGAUUCUGAUGAAUGAACUGGAGAAGCAGCUGAUGGAAUUGGGGGUUGAGAGAUUGGUUUUACCAGCAGUGCCCGGGGUGGUUGAUACAUGGGUAAACAACUUUGGAUUCUCAAAGAUGACGGAUCAGGAGAGAUCGAUGCUUUUGGAUUUCACAUUCCUGGAUUUUCAGGGCACUGAAAUGUGCCAGAAACUCUUGAAGAAGCCCGUUGAAGCUGAUGAUGGUGGGGAUUUUGAUUGGUACAACUGUCUUCUGGAGGAGUUAGAAGAAGAAGAACCUGUGGAGAGGCAGGCUUCAAGGCAAAUGGUAGAGAACCACUGCAGACAGCAGCAAGGGCUUGUUGAGCCUAAUCAUUCUAAUUAUGGUGGUUUUUGUGUGUAAAAUCUUCAUCUCCAGUUGGAUUUUGUUGCCCCCUGUUUUCUGAACCGCAACAUCUUAAGCCUUCCUUGAACAAAAAGGUGAUUUUUUUGUUUUUUUGGUUGGUACAUAAAUCAUAUUUUCCAUG